CUUAUAUUUUUAAUAUGUAGUCAACAAUGGAUCAAAAUAUCUGUUCAUACAUGUGAACAUAAGGGUCAAAUAGUUUAUUAUUUAAAAUGUGUUAUAGGAUAUAAACUACAGUAGAUGUUUGAUGAGUAAAACUAAUUCCCACGUUCUUGCGGCUUGUUUUUGUUUGUGUUUACAGUCUGACUCUCCUGCAGCCUCCCGGUCAGCUCCGUAUCCUCUCUCUCUCUGCAUCUCUCUGCCUUCACACCAGGACGCAGAGCUCCGCCUCGGAUGCUGCUGCCGCUAUUUAUCUGAUUACCGCGAUACAAGAGCUGCGUCUCCUUAAAGCGACACUCGGGCUUAAUUAAUUAGAGAGAGAGGGGGGAGAGAGGAGGGGGGGAGGAGAGAGAGAGACGCCGAGGAUGCAGAUGAAGAGAGGGGAACAGCAUCCGCCCGCCGCCUCCAUCUUCUCCCCGCCGCCUCAUUUCACCGCCUUGAGGUUAUGAAACCGGCUGUAAUCUGAUCCUGCAUGCCUGCGGAAAAGCCUCCAAGACCCCCCUCCACCCUCAGCUCUGCUCUGCUCUCCAUCCCCGGAUACACGGACUGUCAAUGCGUCACACUCCUCCUUCCUGCGUCUUUUCUUCCGCAGCCGCAUCGCUACCUCCUCGCCUCAUGUUCAGGUUAUUAAACCGCCUGCAAAACCCGCGACCUCCCGCUCUUCACUCCAGCUCCACACCUGGACUCUGUCACCUGCAUGGCCUCUGUUAAAAGCGACAGUAAACCCGCUGUUGGCGCGUCCUUUUUCGCCUGUCCGGCCUUCUGCAUUUUUGCGCUUCCGUUUGCCGCGGACGCGUCGCCGCUGCCGCGCAGCCUCCCAUUCACUCAAUGAAACUCGCGGUAAGAUAACGCUACGUCCCCCCCCCCUCCACCCCCUGCGACACCGCAUCUGCGUUUCCUCCCUCACAUGGACUCUGGUAUUUGCGUGAAGCGCGCGUCGUCUCCGCGUCUCCGCCCUCUCUUUGCCGCUGAUGCGGUGCGCCUGGGUGCUCGCCGUCUCCUCGUCCUGGCCGGUCAGUGAUCCUCUGGCCCGGGGGGGCUGCUUCCCGCAGAGAGGCAGGAUGGUACGGAUCGCCAGCGCGCUGGGGCUCGUCAUGUUCAGCGUGGCGCUGCUCAUCCUGUCCCUCAUCAGCUACUUGUCCAUCAAGAAGGACUUCCUGCUCAGCACCCCCAGAUACGGACCUAAUGGAGGACCCAGGAUGUACAUGUUUCACGCGGGGUUUCGCUCCCAGCUGGCGAUGAAGUAUCUGGAUCCAGCUUUCACUCCUUUGACCAACGCUCUCAGCGAAGACCUGCAGAACUCCUCUAAAUGGAGGUACAACUACACUGCUUUCACACAGCAGAGGAAGGAGAUCUCUCAGUACAUCGACAUCCCCCACAACUUCACACUGACACGUAGUUCGGUCCGAAUCGGACAGUUGAUGCAUUAUGACUACUCCAGCCACAAGUACGUCUUCUCCAUCGGUGAGAACUUCCGCUCGCUCCUCCCUGAAGUCUCGCCGAUUCUUAACAAACAUUACAACGUCUGUGCCGUGGUUGGCAACAGUGGCAUCCUCACCGGCUCGCGCUGCGGACCCCAGAUCGAGAAGUUCGACUAUGUCUUCCGCUGCAACUUUGCACCAACCGAGAUCUUUAAGAAGGACGUUGGGCGGCGGACCAACAUGACAACCUUUAACCCCAGUAUCCUGGAAAAAUACUACAACAACUUACUGACUGUGCAGGACAGGAACAACUUCUUUCUGAGCCUGAAGAAGCUGGACGGCGCCAUCCUGUGGAUCCCGGCGUUUUUCUUCCACACAUCGGCCACAGUGACGAGGACGCUGGUCGACUUCUUCGUGGAGCAUCGAGGUCAGCUGAAGGUCCAGCUGGCCUGGCCUGGAAACAUCAUGCAGUACAUCAACAACUACUGGAAAACCAAGCAGCUGUCGCCAAAGCGCCUGAGCACUGGCAUCCUGAUGUACACACUGGCGUCAUCCAUGUGCGACCAGAUCCACCUGUACGGCUUCUGGCCCUUCGGGUGGGACCCCAACACGGGUAAGGAGCUGCCGUACCACUACUACGACAAGAAGGGCACCAAGUUCACCACCAAGUGGCAGGAGUCCCAUCAGCUGCCCGCCGAGUUCAAACUCCUCUACAAGAUGCAUACGGAGGGACUUCUGAAGCUCACCCUCUCCCACUGUGCUUAGGGCUAAAACUACAGCAGGUACUUUCGCUUCUUCAAACUCCUUUUCAACGCUUCCACAGGCCAGAGUUGUCAGACUGACAAGACGGACAAGGGCAGGAUUCAUACGAUUUUGUCAAGGCUGAGUUGGUGGAGUGGGUUGUUAAACUGUUUUCAGCCCAAGAUCCCGGAGCAGAAGCCCAUAAUCCUGCAGUAAAGAUGGACCGCUGAAGGAACAAGGUGUAUUUAUUUUCUACUGCUCAAGAAUCUAAAGGACUGCAGUUCACUUUUUGGAAAAGCUGAAGCUGCAGCUGAACUUCUAAGCAAUGCUGCUCUUCAGCAGGAUAUCACAGGCUCGUAUUACUUAAUGCCGUUUUUAUCAUUCAUCAAUCUUGGCACUACAGCUACAAAUCAGCAGAUUGACCAUUUAAAACCAAGGCUGUGUUCAGACCGACAUUAGCACUACAUUAGAAAAGGCAGAUCCCUUUGUUCACCUCAGUGAUGUUGUUUGUGUCCUGACAGAGGGCCCUGGGAAAAAAGAUGAUCCUAGCUCAGUGUUUGUUGCAAUUCUUUCACCCACCAACACAUCGUUUAGGCCAAUCAGACAUGCGUUGGAGCACAUUCCUGGUUCAGUCGUAGAGAAAAUUAUAAUUAUCCUAGAUCAUAUUUCAGCGUCUCACCAGUAACCACUGAAACAACAUCCUUUUCCACCAAGGCAGUUUGAGGGCCGGUUCAGAGCCAGUGCCUAAUCUCAAAGCAGUUCUUUCAACAGCCAAGGAACCAGCUUAACAACACUUUGCUAGUCUAGAACCAAGAACCACUUCCAUCAGGGGCUGGGGGCAGGAUUGUCGUGACCUAGAAGACCAACAAAUACUUUGUGACCACCAUUUAUAAAAAUUUGCAGUCCACCAUUGUUGUUUUCCCAGGCUCUAUGGGAAAGCCACCCCUAUUACCACUGCAGGCCCUUGCAUUUUUUUAAUGCAGUGCCAUUUCAGUCUGAACACCUUGUAAAUGUAGUUGUAUGCAGUUUGACGACUGUGUAUCACUGGGCAAUCACAGGGCCGUGACUUGGCCAACAGACACGUCAGAGUGCACCUUAAAUCCUCACCAAUCAAAGCUUGCCAACUUUCACAACCUGCAUGAUGUGCACAGGUGAUCAGGAAGGACGGGUCUUCUUGUAACUGACUUAACUGUUCCACCCGACAGUAUCAUGACAUCCUUCCUUAUCCACUUCUCCAUGUUGUUAACCACUGAGGGCUCUGUGCUCCGAGAGGUCAGUGACAUGGAGAUGUUGAACAAGUUAUCAAAAAUAUCACUUCUGUUCUUUUUGUUGGGGCGUUGCUGGGACGACUAACAACCCAGCUGCUGCACUGGUUGUCUUCCACACUUCAAAGGUUUAAAAUUAACAAAUGUAAUGAACUAAACUUGUGUUUGUUCCUAACGCUGCAUAUCUGUUGGAUCAGGAGCUGAUUUCAUGUAAUUUGAUUGUUGAACAGCAGAGGAAAACAGGACACUAUUUGUGUUUGUUCCAUUGCUCCAUUUGCCAGUGAUACACUUUUAAGUAAAAUACAUUUUAAAUUUAGACAAUUGGCGCAAGCUCUUAUAAAAAUACUUAAAAUAAGUGUAAAAUUAAAAUAACGUAACUAUAGAUUAGUCACUUGCAUAGUAAUUUAGUCACUGUAGUCUCUAAAAAAAUUAUUUGUUACCAAAAUUUCACCACAUUUGUUCACUGGCACACGCUGCUUUCACUGGAUUUUUGGAUUAUCGGGACUGCAGCAAAAGCAUCAUUGACAUAAAUGAUGCUAACAUGCACCCAAGCUGCCUAUUAACACAUCCAGCAGACACAGAGCAACAUUAUUAUCAUUUGAGUUGUCUUUGUGUCCACCUGAUGAAUGUAAAGUCCAAAAAUAUGCUCUUUUUAGCUCUGUUUUUGCUCUCCUCCACCUCCUGAGAAAAAUAUCUGGCGCUUUUAUGAUGCCAUGUUUCACUUUCUUCACCAGCUAGUUGCUAGUUGCUGUCUGUCUGCCAACUUGGUGCUGGGCAGGUAGAAGACAGAGGGUUUAUCAGCGUUUUAUCAGAGUUUAUUUGCUGAAAACGAUAGGAGUCAGAGGUUAAAACACUUUCCCACAGCAAAAACUAGCACAACCACUGCAAGGACUUAAUACUGAGUCAUGUGUCCAUGAGACAUCUUUGAAAGCCAGAGAAGCACAGAAGUCAAUGUUGAAUUUAACACCACAGACAUCAAAAUUUUGGUUAAAGAUAGAGCUUUGUAGAGUUUGCUGACUCCAUAAAACGCACCACGGUUUCCGUCAGCCACCAGCUAAUGCUAGCGAAUGUUAGCAGUCUCCUUCUCAUUGCCAAUGCGUCCAGUAUUUGGCUCUCUGAAAAAAAAACUGUCUAAGGAUUUUUGGCUUUCAUCUUUCCUCCUUGACAUUAUACCUAAAUGUCAUAAAGGAAGUAUAUGUGUUACUAGCUGUUUGGCUAGCUAGCUAAGGUUGCUAAGUAACAUUAUCUUGAGAUAGUUGGAUGCGCCAAAUGUUGAGCAUCACUCUACUCACAAUAAGGGUAAAGAACACUGAUCUCAGACCUGCUAUUUUCUUAUAGUACGUUCACGUUUUAACCAAAAGAUGUUGCUGGUGAGCUUUCCAACGAUUAUAUCUAUGUAUCCAAAAAAGCUCCCCCGAAAUUCCCUGAUGCUUAAGCCCAGAGGGGGGUCAAUUUGGGCUUAACAGGCUUGCAAAAUACUAGCAGAAACCUUGCACAGCUGUACAUACGGCAACUUUACAACAAAUCUGAGGAGUCACCAUUCACUUGCCACUCCAUAAAACUCUUUUAAGUGACAGCCCUGUUUUGUAAAGAUUACUAAUGUUCGCUAGUUGGUUGUGUCGCCAACACUAUGCACUAUACUUACCAGGAAGAUUUACUUUCUGUGAGUAUGCAGCCAUUUCUGUCUUUGAUGUUGUGUUAAUUGUUUUUCCCCUCCAGUUUUAUUGUGUUUGAAUAAAAAAUAUCAGGGUUAGAAAAUAAGUGGUGUUUGUUAGAAUAGCCUCAUAGUUCUGUAGUCUUAUAAAUUGCCACUGUAGCUAGGUGGCUUAAUUUACACCCAGUUGCUCUAUUAGGUACGACAGUAAUUGGUAGAAACACCUGAUGGACACAAGUCCUUAAAAUUAGUCUCUCUCCUUGAGACUCAGGCAGCACAACAAUUUAAAUCAAAUUAUAAUCCUGGUUGGUUUGUUGUCGCUUGGAGAUUUGGAAGAAUGAAAUAUUUUGUGACAUGUUUCAUAUUUCCUGUUAGCAUGUACAUUUUAUUAAAAAGGAUUGUUAGGGUUAAUGAGAAAAUCUAAAUGAACUUUUUAAAACAAUUGUUUUGUAAAUCCAAGGACAAAGAAAACAGAUUAUACUGCUGGAUCAUGACUCUACAAGGAGACAGUAGCAGGAAGCAGACUGUCGUCCACCUUGAUCCAUCAGCCUGACCUUCACAUCUACAUAAAUAGCAUAUUCUCAUAAACACGAAUUCUCACAUUGUACAUAUUAUGUCAAAAUCACAUUUUAAAAAAAUAGAAUCUCCUAUAGCAGCCCCUCAAAUCCAAGUGAUGAAACUUAAUUAAGAUUGGAUUAAAUAAUUCUGACUAAUGGUUUUCUCUCAAUUUAAUAGCGCUGUGGUACAAAAGUCUGCAAUUUCCUCCCUCGUCAAUCCAUAGAUCGUGUGCGUUGUAUUCUCAGGUCUCUGUGUAAGGGUACAGUUGUACAAAGUACAUUUGAUGUUGCCUCUGUGAGUGUUUUGUGGUACGUUAACGUCUUGCAGGUCCAUCUAGUCUUUGCCAUUUGUAAUUAAUUAAUGAUUCUGAUUCAAAAAACUCUUAGUAAUGUUUGGUUUCCUGUGAUUUUAACCUAGGAAGUGACACAGUUUUCUGUUGCUGGAUAAUCUCCAUCAUAUUCUGAAAUAUCCAGAUUGUUCCACAUAUUGUAAUGAAUUAUAUAUUUAACAGAGGCAGGUGGCCUAAAGAAUAAUAAUAACAACAAUAAUAAUGAUAACAAAGGUGCAUUUUACAUGUGAUACUUUCACAUAUAAGCACAUGUGGUUUUCAAAUAUGAAUUAUCAUAUUUCAGAUGCUUUUUUUUUCAAGGCAAUGACUCUUCGUUUCAAUGUUUAUUUUCAUGUAUUUUCAUAUUUGCUGCAGUGUGUUAUUGAGACAACAGAAAGGAGAGAAACUGGAACUAUUUUUGUAACCUGCAGCUGAAUUUCAAUUUCAGCUGUUUUUGCCUCUAAUUUGUUUGUUCUUUUUCCUUACGGUUUCAUUCAAAAAUGAGAUGUCUAUGCCUUGAAACGUGAUAUUUUCAGGACUUUGACAAAAAGAUUGUUGACAUGAAGGUUAAAUUCAGUAUUUAAUAAGAAUAAUAAUGUUUUUUUCUGACUUGAGCACAUUGCAAACUUGUUUAUAAGAUUAUGUACUUGUCUCCUUUUGUCACCUUUUAUUUUUGUAACAUACAAUGUCAGUAACCAUCAGGUAACACUUUUCAAGAAUGUAUUUUUUUGCAUUUUGAAUGAAACCAAGAUAUUAUUAAUGAGGCUGGCUCCAUCCAUAUCAACAUGUCUUUAGAGAUUACUCUAUGAAGAGUAAUAUAUACUAAAAAACACAUUUAGAUAUCAUACACAAUAUGCUGUAGAUUAACAGAUAUGUUUUAGUCAUCCGAUACUUGAAAUAAAAUAUAUCUACUCUGUAUUUAUUUAAUCAUGUAGUCAUUAAAAUGAAUGAAUGUAUCAAUUUGA